GUAUUACUGCCGCAGUGGGGCCAACACCCUGACCCAGCAUGGAUGGGGGCAAGGGGCCCAGACUCAGAGACUUUCUGAGUGGGAGCCUGGCCACCUGGGCACUGGGACUGGCUGGGCUGGUGGGCGAGGCGGAGGAGCCAGAAGGGGAAGAGGAGGAGGAAGGAGAGGGGCCUCUUUGUCCCGAGAAGAGGUUCUUGCGUCUCAGCGAUGGGGCCCUGCUCCUCCGGGUGCUGGGUAUCAUUGCCCCCAGCUCCCGAGGGGGCCCUCGGGUGAUCAGGGGCCAUGAUGGUCCUGAAGCCUGGCGGGUGCGUAACCUGAACCACCUGUGGGGCCGACUGAGGGACUUCUACCAGGAGGAGCUGCAGCUGCUGAUCCUGUCACCAGCCCCAGACCUCCAGACUUUGGGGUUUGAUCCCUUUUCAGAGGAGGCAGUGGAGGAGCUGGAAGUCAUCCUUCGGCUGUUGCUUGGGGCAUCAGUGCAGUGUGAGCACCGGGAACUCUUCAUCCGGCACAUCCAGAGCCUCAGCCUGGAGCUCCAGAGUGAGUUGGCUGCUGCCAUCCAGGAGGUGACCCAGCCCGGGGCAGGCAUGGUGCUGUCAUUGGCUGGGCCCGAGCCUGGGGAGCUGGCACCUCCAGAGCUGGAGAUGUUGUCCCAGAACCUGAUGGGGACACUAUUGAGACUGGCACGGGAGCGUGAUGUGGCGGCCCAGCGGCUGGCUGAACUGCUGCUAGAGCGAGAGCCAGUCCCCUUGUUGCCUGAGGCUCCUGCUAGAACUCCUCUGGAGGGCCCCUCGCACCACUUGGCCCUGCAGCUGGCCAACACCAAGGCCCAGCUACGGCGCCUGCGUCAGGAGCUGGAGGAGAAGGCCGAACUGCUGUUAGACUCUCAGGCGGAGAUGCAGGGCUUAGAGGCUGAAAUUCGAAGGAUCCGCCAGGAGGCUCAAGCGCUGUCGGGACAAGCCAAGCGGGCCGAGCUGUAUCGCGAGGAGGCAGAGAUGCUGAGGGAGCGGGCCUGCCGCCUGCCCCGCUUGCAAGAGGAGCUGCGACGCUGCCGAGAACGGUUGCAGGCGGUGGAGGCCUGCAAGGGCCAGCUGGAGGAGGAGCGGGCACUCUCAGGGACUCUGGAGGCUUCGAAGGCACUGCUGGAGGAGCAGCUGGAGGCUGCUCAAGAGCGUUGUGCUCGGCUUCAUGAGACCCAGCGCGAGAACCUGCUGCUGCGGACCCGGUUGGGCGAGGCCCAUGCUGAACUGGACUCUCUGCGGCAUCAGGUGGACCAGCUGACAGAGGAGAAUGUGGAGCUGGAACUGGAGCUUCAGCAGAGCCUGGAGCCAUCCCCGGACUCUCCUGGGGAGGCACCCCUACCAGGAGCGGCCCCCUCACUACAUGAUGAAGUGAGGGAGGCAGAGGCGGGGCGGCUGCGGACCCUGGAGCGGGAGAAUCAGGAGCUUCGAGCCCUACUACAGAUGUUGCACAGGCAGCCAGGUGGUCAGCACCCCCUGCUGGAGGAGCAGAACGAGGACUCCAUGGUUCCAGAGCUGGCUGUGGCUCUUCAGACUUGCCUGGUCUCAGACCAUGGUCCCCAGGGCUUGGUUGGCCAAGCAGGGGAUGAAGGCCCCCAGGCCUUGGACCUGGCUUCCUCGGCAUCAGGCUCAGCUCUCGAGGGGUUAGCUGAGUGUUCCCAGACAUCUGAUUCAGACCCUCAGGUGACGGAGAGGCCCCUCCAGACAGCUGCCAUGGUUCCCCACACCUCAGACUUGAUGCCCCAGGAGUCAGGCCUCACUGUAGAGACACAGGAGUCCCCGGAGAAGGCUGUGCAUGGAGCCCCUCUCCAGACCUCGGCCCAUGUGACCCCAGUUCAGUGUCCAGAGAUCAAAAUUCAGGCCCAGCUGUUGCUAGGAGGAGAGACUGGGGAGUCAGAGCCCGAGGCCCAGGGGCUAAGACAGGAGGUUCCUGAGAGCAAGCCUGGACCCACGGAGCCCAGCCUCUGUGUGCAGUUGGAGGAGCAAGACACCCUAGGCCAGAGGCUGGACCUACCCAAGGGGCAAACAGAGGCCGGAGAGCAUGAACAAAGGCUGGAGGGGAUGGUUGGGGACCCAGCCCAGCAAAAACCACAGCAGAAGCCUGAAGGGACUCCCAAGGCCCAGGUCUUGGAGGGGACAAGCCCAGGGGAGAUCCUGGCCAGUGGUGCCCCAGAGCAGGAGGCCCUCAGGGAGGAGGUAGUGCGGCUGAGGAGAGAGGCUGAGGCCUUUCGAGCUGAGCUGGAGGCCCAGGCCCGGAGGCUGGAGGUCCGAGGCCUGGAGGUUGCUCGCCUCUCCGAGGAGCUGGCUCAGGCUCAGAGGGCAGAGGCUGAGGCCCACCAGGAGGUGGAGGCCCAGGUCCAGGAGCAGGCCCGGCUACAGGAGGCAGUGGAGGCAACUGGACGGGAGCUGGAGGCUGUGUCGCGGGAGCGGGAGGCACUGGCAGAGGCACUGGCAGCCACAGGCCGAGAGCGGAGACAGUGGGAGCGUGAGGGACUCAGGCUACGAGCCCGAGCUGAGGCAGCUGAGGAGCGUCUGCAAGUGCUGGAGAGCGAGGGCCGCCAGCACCUGGAGGAGGCCGAGAGGGAGCGCCGGGAGAGGCAGGCCCUCAAGGAGGAACUAGAGAAGGCCGUGGUACGGGGCCAAGAACUGGGGGCCCGGCUGGAGCAUCUGCAGAGGGAGCUGGAGCAGGCGGCUCUGGAGCGCCAAGAAUUUCUUCGGGAACAAGAGUUCCAGCACCAGAGGUACCAGAGCCUGGAGCAGCUGCUGGAAGCUGAGCUGCAGGCAGCAGCCACCAGCAAGGAGGAAGCUCUGAUGGAGCUUAAGACGAAGGCCCUGCAGCUGGAAGAGGAGCUGUUCCAGCUGCGCCAGGGCCCUGUGGGGCUAGGGCCCAAGGAGCACGCUGAGCCUAGGAUCACGGAGGCCCAGAGUGGGCGGCUCAUUGAGGUGGAACGCAGUAAUGCGACACUGGUGGCUGAGAAGGCGGCUCUGCAGGGGCAGCUGCAGCUCCUGGAGGGGCAGCUGGGAAGCCUGCAGGGGCGUGCCCAGGAGCUGCUGCUACAGAGCCAGCGGGCACAGGAGCAGAGCAGUCGCCUGCAGGCCGAAAAGUCUAUACUGGAGAUACAAGGCCAAGAGCUGCACAGGAAGCUGGGGGCGUUGGAGGAGGAGGUGCUGGCAGCGCGGCGGUCUCAGGAGGAGACCCGAGGGCAGCAGCAGGCCUUGCUGCGGGACCACGAGGCCCUGGCUCAGCUGCAGCGGCGGCAGGAGGCCGAGCUAGAGGGACUGCUGGCCCGGCACCGUGACCUCAAGGCCAACAUGCGGGCGCUGGAGCUGGCCCACAGGGAGCUGCAGGGCCGGCACGAUCAGCUGCAGGCCCAGAAGGCCAGUGUGGAGGCGCAGGAGCUGGCCCUGCUGGCCGAGCGCGAACGCCUGAUGCAGGAUGGCCAUCGGCAGCGGGGCCUGGAGGAGGAGCUUCGGAGGCUGCAGAGUGAGCAUGACAGGGCUCAGACGCUGCUGGCAGAGGUGUCCCGGGAGCGAGGUGAGCUGCAGGGUGAGCGUGGGGAGCUGCGAGGCCGGCUGGCACGGCUGGAGCUGGAGCGGGCACAGCUGGAGGUGCAGAGCCAGCGACUGCGCGAGUCCAACCAGCAGCUGGACCUGAGCGCCUGCCGGCUGACCACGCAGUGCGAGCUGUUAACAGAGCUGCGGAGCGCCCAGGAAGAGGAGAACCGGCAGUUGCUGGCCGAGGUGCAGGCCCUGAGCCGGGAGAACCGUGAGCUCCUGGAGCGCAGCCUGGAGAGCCGGGACCACCUGCACCGUGAACAGCGCGAGUACCUCGACCAGCUUAAUGCCCUGCGUCGAGAGAAACAGAAACUGGUAGAGAAGAUCAUGGACCAGUACCGUGUGUUGGAGCCUGGGCCCCUGCCCCGGAUCAAGAAGGGCAGCUGGCUGGCAGACAAGGUGAAGAGGCUGAUGCGGCCCCGGCGGGAGGGAGGCCUCCAUGGGGGGCCACGCCUGUGGGCCGAUGGGGCUGGCAGCACCGAGAGCCUGGGGGGCCCCCCAGAGAUGGAGUUCUCCGAGGGCAGGGAGGCGGAUGGGACAGGGUCCCCCUCACCGGCACCUAUGCGCCGGGCCCAGAGCUCUCUCUGCCUACGGGAUGAGACCCUGGCAGGUGGGCAGCGGCGAAAACUCAGCUCCCGAUUCCCAGUGGGGCGAAGCUCUGAGUCAUUCAGCCCCGGGGACACCCCCCGGCAGCGAUUCCGACAGCGCCGUCCAGGCCCCAUGGCAAGUUCCCAUGGCAAAGGAUCUGGCAUGGGAUGGGAUGGCUCCGUUGAGACCCUGGAGGAACAUGAAGCAGAUGCCAGCCGAGAGGGCCUCGAGGUGCAGGAACCGGAGAAGCGUCCUCUCGCCCCUUCCCUCAGCCAGUGACACCGUGUGGAUGGGGAGCGUGGAAGUGCAGGCACCUCGCCACUGGACUCUCAGUGGGGGCCCCAGACAGCCCAAGAAUUCUGGGAGCCAGGGCCCCUGGGGCAAGUCCUUGGACAAGGAGGCUUGGGCCCCCAGGUCCUCCAUGGCUGGCACUGGGGCCCUGAGAUGGAGCUGGGACAAGCUUGUGGGCAGGGGGGAUGGCCGGUCCCCAGGAGCAGCUCCUUGCCAGGGCUCUGGUUCUGCCAUGUGGCCCUCGCUGAGGAGGCGGUUUCUGGGGGACCCCCAAGAUGAAGAAGGCAGGCAAGAGUGGACAAGAGAGACCCCUGCCCGGUCCAGGUGGGGAGCCAAGGAGCAUUCCCUGGGGGCAGUGGCCUGGGCCUAUUUCUAAGCCUUAGCUGGGACAUGAGGGACAUGAAAAUAAAGCUGGGAUACAAUCA